UUAAGGUACCUGAUCGAACAUUUGUAGACAUCUGAGCUGGAGACUUCAGGUAAAAGCAACUAGACGUGAAAAGCAGCAUGGCUAACAUCGCGGUGCAGAGGAUAAAACGGGAAUUUAAAGAAGUCCUUAAAAGCGAGGAGACGAGUAAAAACCAGAUCAAAGUCGACCUGGUGGAUGAAAACUUCACAGAACUGAAGGGGGAGAUCGCAGGACCCCCUGACACACCUUACGAAGGUGGUCGAUACCAGCUAGAAAUUAAAAUUCCAGAAACAUAUCCCUUCAAUCCUCCAAAGGUACGGUUUAUUACAAAGAUCUGGCAUCCCAACAUCAGCUCAGUAACUGGUGCCAUAUGUUUGGAUAUUUUAAAAGACCAGUGGGCGGCGGCCAUGACACUCCGGACAGUGCUGCUGUCCCUACAGGCUUUACUGGCAGCGGCAGAACCAGACGAUCCACAGGAUGCAGUGGUGGCCAAUCAGUAUAAGCAGAACCCAGAGAUGUUUAAGCAGACGGCUCGGCUCUGGUCACACGUUUACGCAGGUGCACCAGUCUCCAGUCCUGACUACACACGCAAAAUAGAUAAACUGUGUGCUAUGGGCUUUGAUAAAAAUGCAGUAAUAGUGGCACUGUCAUCAAAGUCCUGGGACGUGGAGUCAGCAACGGAGUUGUUGCUAAGCAACUGAACAUGAUCACCACCCGCGUCCCAUUAUCCAGAUUUUUCCACACCCUUGACUCCGCCCGUGCCCAAAUCAAAUUGACUUCCGAUAUGGAUGAACUGCACAUUGUCACCCCACACAACAUACUGCAUUUAUAUUUCCCUUCCAUCUUUCCCUCUCUCCAUUUGACAUGGCAGUACCUUCCUAAACUCUCCUUCCUUCAUCUCACCAUGUUCUCAUCUUACAUGGUCUUUUUGUUGUGGUUGUUUUUCACCAUUUUGAGUUCAGUGUGCCUUUCUGACAACAGUGUUCCCCAUUUCCCCCUUUUGUUCCCGCCAUUUUCGAUAUCCUCAUACAGAUCAAGUGAUUCUUCCCACAACGCUGGACAAUACCAGACUGCCCCUUCUUCAUUUUGCACUAUCACUCAAGCUCUUUUAUGUGGAAUCCCAUUUCUACAAUGCCAGUAAUUCAAAUAAAUAAAUAGAAAGAAAAGAAAAAAAACACACACACACACAAUCACUACUCAAACUUCACAGAUAAUAUUAUCUCACAAGAUCGAAACUGGAAUACAAAAAAAAUUUAAUAAAAUUAAAAAAAUAAAAAAAUAGUAGGCAACGAAGAAAACAAUCACUCACCGAUCAAAGCAUUGACUGCAGAAACAGCAGUAGAAAGCAAAGAUUUCAUCUGUAAAUAAAGCUAUUAAGGUCUGUAUAAAUUAAAGCAACGUGGCAAUGCUUUUAUUUAUUAUUGUUUUAAGGAAAAAAGUGAAAUAAACAGUUUCGUGGCUAAUAUAAA